GAAGUGACAGCAAAUGAUGUUGCCUUUGCUUUGCACCCAGCAGCUGUGUUUACUCUGAAGAAGGUCACUAAGAAGAACGCUUUGAAGCUCUUGCCUUAUGGCAUUGUCAGCAAAUCCAAGAAGAAGCCAGAGCACAAGACAUAUAUCGAAUACAGUGGCCUUUUUUGGAACAUAGCCCCUUUCAAAGCAUGCAGCAACUUUGCCCAAGCAGAAGGAGUGCUGAGCCCCUUUUGGUGGUGCAAGGGCACUACAGAGCCAGAGCUUGCCAACAUGGAGUGGGGGCAUUUGAAAAAGGAUGGGAUGAAGAUCCCAUGUUUGCAGAAUUGUAAGCCCUUGGCCAAGGAAGAGCAAUUGAUGUUCUUGGACACCAAGGCAAUCGAAGUUGCAGAAGCCAACAAGAAGAGAAAACUUGGACACCCUUGA